CAAGACAUAACACUGAGGUGAGAACACCUGGAGAACAACUGUGAAAGACCCACAGCUUCUUUCAAAACAUCAGUAUGAAGACCAUCAUUUUGAUCGCUCUUCUCUUGACUACUCUCUGCCUGGUCUCUGAGGCUGUCCAAGUCCAGGAUGGAGAAAAUUCCUACUCACUUGAAUCAGUGAAGGUCCUUCAGCAACUGUUGGACAGUAGCUCUGUCCCCAAACAGCAGAAUCCUCGUCUAGUUAAGACCAGCUACAGCGCAGUUUGUGGCAACCCAACCCUGCCCCAGGAGUUUAUUGGGCUCUGUCGUCAAAGUGACUCUGCCCUGGUCUUCUCCAGGCUAGCUGCAAUGCCUACGGAUGUGUGUGAAAUCUGUGCUUAUGCCGCCUGCACUGGUUGCUAGACAUCUUUUCUGCUUGUGAAGGAAUGUUUUUUUCCAGGCACCCAAGUGCAACAGACUGUUUUGGAACUGUUACCUGUUUAAAAGCACAUGUGUAAUGCCUCUUAGUCUAAAGAUUUGAUGAAUUGGUAUUUUUUUAUUUGUUACAGUAUGUUUAUUUAUCAAUUCUAUUUCUAUGUGCCUUGUGUUUGCAUAUUCUUAUGUUCAUCAGUUCCUUAUAUGUGCAUUAAAAUGCUUUCAAAAGUA